UAACGACGAACGCGUUUUAUAGUUAUGUAUUUUUGUAAAACGGAAGCUCUCUUGAGGUCGAUCAACGGUUUGCUUAAAGUAGACGGAUAUCAUGGAAAAGGAAAUCGCGCCAAGCAGACCUAACUACUUUGGAGAGAUAGGCUGCUGGGCUGAGAGGACCCAAGUGCACGAGGCGGCCUCCCUGGGCCAGGCCCAGAGGCUGCAGCAGCUCAUCCAGAGCGGAGCCUCCAUCAACACCAUGACGAUGGACUGCAUCACCCCCCUACACGAGGCCUGCAUCCAGGGACAGGUCCAGUGCGCCAGACUGCUGCUGGAGGCUGGAGCACAGGUGGAUGUCCGCACGGUCCAUGGCAGCACUGCGCUGUGUAACGCCUGCGCUGCAGGAAGUCCGGAGUGCGCCAAACUCCUGCUGGAGUACGGAGCCACCGCCAACCCCACCCUCACUGCUCUGACCGCUACGCCCCUGCACGAGGCCUGCAUCCGAGGUAGCGUGGACUGCGUGCGGCUCAUGAUCGCAGGCGGCGCUGAGCUGGAGACGUAUGACAUCUACUUUGGGACCCCACUGCACGCGGCGUGCACCAAGCAGCACGUGGAGUGUGCCAGGGUGCUGCUCAACGCAGGGGCCAACGUCAACGCUGCCAGGUUUCACGAGACGGCGCUCCACAUCGCGGCCAAAGAGGGCAACGAGGACCUGAUCGAGGCGCUGGUGGCGUUCGGGGGAAACGUGUACGCCCGGGACAACCGCAGCAGGAGGCCCGUCGACUACACCAGGCCUGGGUCUGCCUGCGCGGCGUGCCUGCAGUUUUAUCAAAGCACCCCCCUGAGUCUGCAGGAGCUGAGCAGGGUGACCUGCAGGAGGUCCCGGGGCAUGAGAGCGGAGGACAGCGUGUGCAAACUGAACCUCUCCCCUCGCACCAUCAGCUACCUCUCAUACCACUGAAGAAGCUACCGCUCAUACCACUGAAGAAGAAGCUACCGCUCAUACCACUGAAGAAGAAGCUACCGCUCAUACCACUGAAGAAGAAGCUACCGCUCAUACCACUGAAGAAGCUACCGCUCAUACCACUGAAGAAGAAGCUAGCCCUCAUACCACUGAAGAGGAAUCUCACUCCACCCUCACCUAUUGAAUGAGACCUCACCCAACCAGAGGACCCUAAAGACGCGGGAACUCUUCAGAACCGGAAAGACUACUGUGCAGGAUAAUCCCUUAAAGAGCGAGAAAAGCCGUGAACGUGAAAUACUGUAAGGAUUGUAAUUUUAAUUUAUUUUUUGAGACGACAGGAAGAAAAAAAACUGGAAACGUAUGUGUGUUGUGCAUCAUUAGAAUGCCCUUCAACCCCCAACUGUACAGUAAUAUGAUCAGUUUCCAAAGGAGUAACACUUGCGAAAUAAGAGCAAGGUAAUAACCCUGGUGUUACACAAUCAUGUGAAUCUCAUGUGCCUUGGUAAGAGAGACACAUGUCCAUCACAUGUGCUGAAGAGCACUUAUUUUCGGUACUUGUUUUGUACACUACAUAUAGUCCUGUUCUAAUACAGCAUGCAUGUCCGACAACCAUCUUUUACUGCAUCGUAAUAUUUCUCCACUUAUAUGGGCAAGCCGAGGAAGUGUGGCAAUGAAUAACGAGGGGGGAAAACAGCAACUCCCAGAGUUCUCCAUGUCCGUCAACAUCGGUGUCAAAACAACAGCGAUCACGUGAUAUGGCAGUGCCCCAACCAUCCACAAAAUACGUUUUAGCUGAAUAGCUAUGCACUGUACAAGAUAUAUCUAUCUCUCUUGCGUACAGAAAGGGUUAUUAUAAAGGAUAAAUUAUGGAAAUGGAUAUCGAGCCAGACAAGCCUUACUUCUUCGGAGAUAUCGGUGAGUGUCCUUAAAGCUGGAAGGCUAACCGGGUAGCACAGCGGCUCCUUUUACAGUUUACAAACACGAAGACUGACCUAAAUGCCGGAGAUAGCUCGUGUCAACGUUCUUCAUACACGCUCUGUGAGAUACAUUUAAGUAAUAUUAACCAAAUUAGGAAUCGGAUGCCUUUGCCUUUGAUGCCGUUUGGCCUUGCUGGAGACAUUGGUUUCUUAAAAUAACAUAACUGUGUGAACGAUGUUGUGCAUUUUCCACAUUUGCGCCAAGCCAUGUUGUUGCGGACGCAUGAUUUCGUUUUUUAAUUCCGUAGUGCAUAUUUUAACCACGGGAAACUUUGGGAUGUUAUGUAAACAAGAUUGAAUAAAUUAUUUGUAAUUACAA